AUGGUAGACGACAGGAGGAAUGGUUGCGAUGGGUCGGACACAGGGGUGAAAUCCUCCUGGUUUGGCCUGAUUCAGGCAAACCUCCAGCAGGACGCCCAGGAGUUCCUGCGCUUCCUUCUCGACGGGCUCCACAGCGAAGUGAACCGAGUGUUGGUCCGUCCCAAAGGCAACAAUGACAACCUGGACCAUCUAGCGGACGACGAGAAAGGGAGGCAGAUGUGGAUGAGAUACACUGCGAGAGAAGACAGUCGGAUUGGGGAUCUCUUUGUUGGGCAACUCAAGAGCUCCUUGACCUGCAGUUCUUGCGGCUACUGUUCCACUGCCUUUGACCCUUUCUGGGAUCUGUCCCUGCCCAUUGCCAAGAAAAGCUACGGCGAGGUGAACUUGAUCGACUGCAUGCGGCUCUUCACCAAGGAAGAUGUACUGGAUGGAGACGAGAAACCCACCUGCUUCCAUUGCAAAGCGAGGACGAAAUGCAUGAAGAAGUUCAGCAUCCAACGUUUUCCCAAGAUCCUGGUUUUACACCUGAAACGUUUCUCCGAAGCCAGGAUGCGAUCCAGCAAACUCACCACUUUUGUCAAUUUCCCACUUAAGGAUCUGGAUCUACGGGAAUUUGCCUCUCAGAAUUGCAAUCACGCAAUUUACAACCUCUACGCCAUCUCCAACCACAGUGGGACCACCAUGGGUGGCCAUUACACAGCCUACUGCAAAAGUCCUGUCUCUGGAGAAUGGAACGCCUUUAACGACUCACGCGUCACACCGAUCUCCCUGGGCCACCUCCGCAGCAGCGACGCCUAUCUCCUCUUCUAUGAGCUGGCCAGCCCGUCUUCCCGAAUGUAGCUCCCAGGUCACGCUCCCCUACCUUGCUCUGCCAACGCGCGUCCCCCACGAAAAAGGAGUCCUCGUAAUAUCCCGGAGGAGGGACGCAAGCCAAGAAAACCAGCUCAGAAACGCAUCGGGAGCGGCCGGUGGGGUGGGGUGGGGGGGCACGUGGAGACCCAGGACAAUGGUGACUUGAGGGAUUUUUUUUCUAAACUGGGUUUUUCCCCUCCUUUUUUCCUAAAAAACAAGCAAAAGCAAAAAAAGAGAGAGAGAGAGAAAGAGAGGGAGGGAGGAAGAAAAUGCUUUUAAUAAAGCGUUAACUACAAUUGCCGGUUCUAACCGGGAUGACUUUCUCUCACGCAUGGGACUGGAGACAGAGAAAACCAGGGAGAAAACACCAUCCUUGGUGGGCAGCUUCCACGCUACCUCCAUCGCUCCGCGGGGAGCGGGGGGGAAGGUCCUCAGGGAUGGUUUCUAUGUUUUCCUUCCCUCCCUUCUCCCCUUGUUCGCCCACACUCAAUACCCCUUCCACAAUUUGGUGUGCAAUAAGCCACAAACAGCUGCUGCUCUUUCCAGGAGGGGGGGGAGCAACCUGUGAUCCCUUGGGGGUGGGGGUUUGUCGGAGCUGAGCCACAGAGGUGUUUUCUCUCUGUUCAACGCCGGACGGACGUCAGUUGCAGAACUAGAUAAAGUAUAACGGAAUCUGAUUUUGCAUCUUCGAUCCAGGCAAGGCGUGUUUGGUUCUUUUGCACAGCUCUUGCGCACGACCCUCCUCGGUUGGGGUUGUGCGAGGGAUUUUUCUGCAGGACUUCGAGUCCUAUCUCUUUGGGUGGGGUGGGGGCUGCUGUUGGUUUCGGUUUUUUUACAAACUGGAAGCAUUCGUGGACGGAUUUUUACGGACUUUAUCGCAAAGAGCAGAGACUCGCGGGAUCCAAUUCUACCCGUUUCCUUGUCACGACUGUGCCUUAAGACGCAUCCCGACGAAAGGCAGAGGGAUUGUGUUUUCAGUGGAUCCAAGUGCCCUUCGGAAAGGGACACCAGGGCACAACCAGCAGAAGUAUAAACACCCACACACACACCCCCGCCUCAAAUCCCUCGGCUUUCCUCUCUCCCAACUUUUCCUCGCCACAUCCCUCAUUCGUCCUGGGACGGAGGCCUAAUUCAGGAACGCUUCGGACAAUUUUUCACUGCCUUUCCAGAACGAGGAUUUGCUUUUGAUUUCGGUUUUCGUUUCGGUUCUUGCUGCAUGCGUUCCGCGGAGUCGCCAAAACGCACCUCGUUGGAGUGCGUGUGUUGUGGGGGGGGGGGAGUUGAGCCACUUUGGGAGCGAUGGCCUCGAUGGGCCAGCUGGCCAGCAUCUGCAAACUCGUCCAAUCCUCUUAUUUAUUCUCCGUCCCCCAUCACGCAGGGUCAACUUUUCAGCCCACCUCCGAAGCCGGCACUACUUGAAGGGCUGAGAGUUAGAGUUAGCACCUUGACGGUUUUGCAAUCAAGGCAGCAUUCGCUGGGUAGAAACCCCCCUCCCCUCUUUUAUUACCUCCCACCCUUUUCAUCCACCACCCCUCGCAAAGCUUUGAAAAAGCACCGAGCCAACUUUUAACUCAGUUUUGAAUCAAGCAGAGCAUUGAGGUCAGUUUUAGCGGGCACCUUGGUUUGCAACCCAAAGGACCCCCUUCUGCUUGUUCUCACGGCCUGCUUUCCCACAACCUUCCCCUCCCCCAUGCCCCUUCCCCUUUGCAUAUUUCACUCCAUUUCAACCAGGCGGAUGCUCAGGACCCCCCGAAAGGGCAGGCAGAAGGGGUAAACCCAGACCUCAAGGGUCCGGCUAGCUAAGCCUUUCUCAGUGUUACUAUUUCGCUUGGUUUGGGGGGAACGGGGUUCUUUUUUUUUCCCAUUUUCGUUUGUGUUUGUUUUUUUUCCCCUUUGGGUUUUAUCAGUUUUGGACUGAACAGCUUGUUUACUGUGUAAGCAAAGCUGGAAGGACGGACCGUGGUCACUUAGGAAGGAGGCUUGUACAGAAAUAAAAUUGUAACUUGAUGACCAG